GUGAAUUGUGAAUGAUUUGAAAUAAAUCGAAAUGGCGGGUAUGAACAUGCGACUCGCAUUCGCCAUCCUGUCAUCGGCAUGCUGGUCUGCGUUCCAACAUGGAUAUAACACUGGUGUCAUAAAUGCCCCUCAAGCGGUUAUGUCGAAAUGGUUACAAAUGGAUGCACUAACAGGCACUAAUGUCACCAUAGAUCCUGAUGAUGACCCUAAAGUGACAACAGUGUGGUCAGUAACCGUAUCCAUAUAUUGCGUUGGUGGCAUGAUAGGUGGCAUAUUAACUGGAUUUAUAGCUGACAGAUUUGGUAGAAAAGGCGGUCUAUUACUUAACAAUGUUUUUGUCUUCCUUGGAGCGGCGUUUCAAGGUUGUUCCAAAGUCGCAAAUUCCGCUGAAUUGCUUAUAAUAGGAAGGUUAUUGAUUGGUAUAAACAGUGGUUUGAAUGCUGGCCUAGCUCCGUUGUAUUUGGCUGAAAUUUCUCCUAUCUCUAUGCGUGGCUCGAUCGGUACAGUUUACCAGCUUGUGAUAACAAUUACAAUCUUACUCUCACAAGUCCUAGGUCUUGAAGUUGUCCUAGGUACAGAAUGGGGAUGGCCUUUGCUUUUAGCUGUAACAGCUAUUCCUGCAAUUAUACAAUGCGUUACUUUACCUUUUUGUCCGGAAUCCCCUAAAUAUCUUUUAUUAAAUAAAGGACAAGAACUUCACGCACAAAGAGCUUUGAAUUGGUUAAGAGGUGACGUCGCCGUUCACGGAGAGAUGGAAGAAAUGCAUCAGGAAGCAGAAAAGAAUAAAGUCAGUAAAAAAGUGACGUUCCGGGAAUUGGUCACAAAUAGACAACUUCGACAACCUUUAACAAUAGCUUUAGUUGUUAUGAUCGCGCAACAGUUCUCUGGAAUCAAUGCUGUUAUAUUCUUUUCCACGGAUAUAUUCAAGAAAGCUAAGCUCAAUGAAUCUCAAUCUCAAUACGCGACAUUAGGUAUGGGAGCAAUGAACGUGGUGAUGACACUAAUCAGUCUUGUGCUGGUCGAAGUCGCGGGUCGGAAGACUCUCCUGAUGACAGGAUUUAGUGGCAUGAUACUCUGUUCUGUGGGUCUUUGUGUCGCUAGCUUAUAUACGGAACAUAUGUGGGUGUCAUACCUCUGUAUCGGGCUUGUCAUCUUAUUUGUAGUAACAUUUGCAGUUGGACCAGGUUCGAUUCCAUGGUUCCUAGUCACAGAGUUAUUCAACCAAGCAGCUCGUCCAGCUGCUUCUUCAGUAGCUGUCACCGUCAAUUGGACAGCUAACUUUAUUGUUGGACUUAGUUUUCUGCCUUUAUCUUUGGUGCUCGGAAUGAAUACGUUUAUUAUAUUUGCUAUAUUACAAUUAUUAUUUCUAUUAUUUAUUAAAUGUAAAGUUCCCGAGACAAAGAAUAAGACUGUGGAAGAAAUAACAGCUAUGUUCAGACAACAGAUGUAAAGGUGGGUUUACAUUGACGUCCAUUUU